GCAUCGCUCUACUCCGGUGGACAAAUGGUGCGCACUCAAUGCGGCUCGUCGCUCAUCACGCUUCCAAUAUGGCGGUGAAUCUCACAGACCUCUCCCUUCCUCAGUUAGAAGGUUUAAAAGGCCAACUGGACCAGGAGGUUGAGUUCUUGACGUCUUCCAUAAGUCAGCUGAAAAUUGCCCAGAACAAGUUUGUUGAAGCAAAAGAAAGCUUGAAUGUCCUGAGCCCAAACAAUAAAGGAAAAGAGUUGCUUGUGCCUCUCACCAGUUCUAUGUAUGUCCCCGGGACGUUAAAUGACGUGGAACAUGUCUUAGUGGAUGUGGGCACCGGAUAUUAUGUUGAAAAGAACGUGGAGGAUUCAAAGGCUUUCUUCAAGCGUAAAAUAGACUUCCUCACGAAGCAGAUAGAGAAAAUUCAGCCAGCUCUUCAAGAGAAACACGCUAUGAAACAAGCGGUCAUUGAGGUAAUGAACCUGAAGAUACAGCAAUUACAACAGAGCCAGCAGGCGUCACCGAUGGUCGGAAGCACCAAGGCCUAAUGACAACCAAACUGCUUGAGCUAUUCGGGAUUAGAAACCAUUUUAAGUUUGUGUUCACAAGAUAAUAUCAAAUACCCAAAUGCUGUUUCAGUUGUAGGUGCACUGUUAUAAGGAGGUUCCCUCGUGUAAUUGUAUGAAUUUUAUUUAAUCAUGUUCCGGUGCCGAGUUCAUUGCCUAAUUAAACAUAAUUAAUUCUGGAUUCAAAAA